UGAUCCAUUAAUAAUAGAGUUUUGUCACUUACAGGGGCAGUGCGCAGAGGGUGGCUGAGCUGACGGAGAUAACGGCCUACAACAGGGAGUCUCUGGCUAACCUCAUAGACACGAAGACGAACUCCUACACCAGUAUCGGCGCUGGCCUUUCCUUGGCUAUUAAUGACCCGCUGGUGAUCAAGGACAAGAAGAACGCCAUCAUUCUCUUAAUUACUGACGGAGAGGAAACGAAAAAACCGCACAUCAGCGACGUCAUGACCAACGUCAUCAAUUCAGGAGCCAGAGUCGUCACAGUCGCCUUCGGGAAAGACGCAGACAUGGCCCUGGAAAGUCUGGCAAUGAAUACAGGAGGAAAGACCUACUCUGUGUUGGACGAAGAUGAUGGUGGCAUGUUGGAUGAGGCGUUUCUGGGUGCCCUCACCUACCAGCCUGGACAAUCACUCUCAAACAUCAGUGUCAAGAUCCAUGAGAUGGAGUACCAAGGCGCCAACUUGACUGUCUACAGCACCUUUAACGUUGACUCUUCAGUGGGCCGCAAACUACAGUUUCGUCUCGACAUGGACUCGACAAAUCAUAUCACAUCCAAUCCCUAUCUUGUGAGCCCUAAUGGCACUCGUAUCACCACUGCAGUGCUGGACAGCAUCAUAAAUAUGUGGACCAUUGACGUGGCGCUUGCACAGGUAAAGUAAUUCUCCUUAGUAGCGA